AUGAAUUAUUCGCUUAAAUUAUCUUUUCUUGCUACUAUUAUUCUCCAUAUUCAAGUGAAUGCAUUAAUUCGACCACAAACCACUUUAAAUGCUGUUGAUAUAUUAAAUCGUUAUCAGAACACAUUGGAUGAGAACAACGAUAGUCAACAACUUGCGCAUGGUUUAUUGAACGUUCUGAUAAACGAUCAACAUGCAUCCUCAUUUAUUUCUCCAAAAGCAGUUGAAAUUGCUUUGAAAAGUUUAGAAAAUCAACUGGGACACGAUUAUUCCGAAGUUUUUAGAAAAACUAUAGCCUUUGUGAAUCCACCAGUGGUAUUAUCCCCAGAACUCACAUCAGCAAUAAAACAUGAAAUAGCCGAAGCUCUCGAUGCAUUUUUUGAAAAAAAUGCAAACGCAAAUGAACAAUACUAA